ACAUAAGUCAACAAAACAACAAUUAAAACACCCUGAAAGAGAUAGAUAGAUAGCGGGCACCCUUUAACGCUUGCUUCUACUACUAAGCUACAGAAGGAUCUUUGAGGCCAGACCCCAUCUCAAGCACCCUUUUUUCUCUACUCCCUUUGAAUUUUCUCUAGUCUUUCUCUGCAUCCCUUAUUCUUGUAGAAUUGAUGUCUGGCUUGUACAAUCAGAUUUCUUCACCUGGAAUAGCAAGGGCCAACUCACCAAACAUAAACAUGAGAAGCAAUUUUGACGUUGAUAGUCCGUACUUAACGGAACUACUAGCAGAACACCAGAAGCUUGGACCUUUCAUGCAAGUCCUACCCUUAUGUACCAGGCUCUUAAAUCAAGAGAUUUUAAGGGUUUCUGGAAAGAAUGGAUUGAUGCAGAACCAAGGGUUUAGUGACUUUGACAGAGUACAGUUUGGAAGCCCCAAGCCAAGUAUAAUGCCUUCUUUAGACACAACACCAAAUUUUACUGGCUGGAACAACCUGUCACAUGAAAGGUUAGCUGGAGCACAGGGACUAAAUGUCGAUUGGCAAACAGCACCAAGUGUCCCUGGUUCUCACAUUGUGAAGAGGAUAUUGCGUUUGGAUAUUCCUAAUGAUAGCUAUCCAAACUUCAACUUUGUUGGGAGGCUUCUAGGCCCAAGGGGUAAUUCACUGAAGCGAGUGGAGGCUACCACAGGUUGCCGUGUGUAUAUCAGAGGGACAGGUUCAAUAAAAGACCCAGACAAGGAAGAGUUGUUAAGGGGAAGGCCUGGCUAUGAGCACCUGAAUGAACCGCUACACGUUUUGAUUGAAGCUGAAUUACCUGUCAAUGUUGUUGAUAUAAGGCUGAGGCAAGCUCAAGAAAUCAUAGAAGAGCUACUUAAACCCGAUGAGUCACAGGACUUCUACAAGAGGCAACAACUAAGAGAACUUGCUAUGCUGAAUUCCAAUUUUAGAGAAGAGAGCCCUCAACUCAGUGGUAGUCUCUCUCCAUUCACCUCUAAUGAAAUAAAACGGGCCAAAACUGACAAAUAGAGAAUGUACACAUUUUAUGUUACUUUCAGUGUGUAAAUUCUGUGUGGUUGCUAUUGGAAGACCAUGUUAAGUUGCAGAACAAAAUGAGAAGUGAUAGAAGGGAUAGAUACAUAUUCAUUGUCACAGUAAAGUGCAUUAGUAGACUUGCAAAACUAGGAGAAUUCUUAUUAUUACAUUUUGACCAGUUGAUUAGAAUAUCUGUAAUGUCUAGAAAUAUGACACAUCUGGGACUUGUAUAAACUGUUUAUUAUUGUUGGUUCAUGAUUGCAUGGAAAGAAGUGUUUCAUAUAGGAGUAUGUAACUUUACUGAGCACAAUAACAUUUUGCUUUGUUAUGAUGGCCGUAUCUUAAGGAUAAUGUCUUAAUGGUAGGGUCCUUGGGGUUAAUGUAGAUGUGGAUGUUGUUGUCCAUAACUCUACUGAGCCAAGCUAAUCUUCUUUUGGCUUGACUUAUUAAUGAUUGUCUGUGUAAAGUGGGGUUAUUCUAGAUUUUAGAUAGUCCAUCGUGGGGCCAUCAUGUCGCAAGUCAUCCACCAGCUUCUCUAUCUUCUGCCAAACCCCAUUUACACCAUAUAAAGAUGAGCUUAGAGUCUGCUUUAUAACUAAAUUGUCUCAAUAAUUAAGGUGAGUUGAUGUUUCAU